AUGUCCCCGCAGAUCUUCGUUGUGACCGGUGCCGCCCGAGGCAUCGGGUAUGCUCUUGUCCAAGCGCUGGCGGAACGGCCUGACACCGUCGUCUACGCUGGCGUCCGGUCUUUCCCCGUCGAUACCAACAGCGAGCUUGGUCAGCUUGCCGCGAAGUAUCCCGACGCCGUCAUUCCGAUCAAGAUCACCAGUGCGGACGAGGCGGACAACCAGGCUGCAGCCGCUCUCAUCAAAGAGCGAUACUCCCAGGUGGACUGCGUUAUCGCCUGCGCCGGUGUCGCGAGCGCUCUGGAAGGUCAGACCGUCCGCAGAGUCACCCCGGCAGACAUCCUCGACGACGUCAAGAUCAAUAGCACUGGACCCGUCACAAUCUUCCAAGCUCUCGCUGAACUCCUCCUCGCCUCCCACGCGGCCGGUGGGCAGCCCAAGUUCGUCGCUGUCUCCUCGCUCGCCGCUCGGAUCGUCGAUCCGGUCCCUAUCGAGGCGACAGCAUAUGGAGCCAGUAAGGCAGCUCUCAACUACAUCAUGGCCAAGAUGAAUCUGGAGAUGGCGGAGAUCGUUGCUUUCCCCAUUCACCCCGGUUUCGUUCUGAGCGACAUGUCGAAGCAGGCGCAAAAUAUCCCUCUGGACGGAGCCAUCUCACCCAAGGAGAGCGCCACCGGCAUGCUCAAUGUCAUCGAGAAAGCAACGAAGGAGAGCCACGGCGGGAAAUUCUGGGAUUAUGCCGGGACUCAGCUGCAGUACUAG